UGAACGGAAAUUGUGUCGUCCAUUUAAUUCUCUGCAUUCCAAAUUGCGUAGCUUUCAUUAGCGUACUCGAGCUCCUCACUGGUCGACGCGAAACAGAAUCUGGCCGCAAACGGGAGGAAAAAUUACGAAAGCGGUCCACCAGAAGCUGAGCGCAUGCGUAACUAUCCACCCGGCUUUGCUUCGUAUAUCUGCCGCCUGUGGGAAGCCCGGGGCGGCGUGCACGAGCAGCAACCAGCGCAGCAGCGUCAAGGGACCAACAACCGGCACGAGACUACCGAAGAAGGACCGGAACCAUCGAGGAGGGAACACUCGGACGACGCGCCCACCAGUCAGUAACUUCAAAUCUUCGACCACAAACUUCACUGCGAGUGCCUUUCAACGCGCGUGACACGAAACCAACAUCAUGGCUGUGAAUUCUUGGGAAUAUCUCGACUGCAUCAAGACGUUCAGUAAAAAAUCGAUCCUUUCACGUCGUCGUCGAGUCCAUCAGAUGGAUGGGCAGUUCGAGUGCACAGUUUGCACAAGAAAGUUCACUCGGAGAGAUAAUCUAAAUAGACAUAUCAGACAACAUACAGGGGAGAAGCCUUUCGAGUGCGCAGUUUGCUUUAAGAAGUUCAGUGAAACUGAUAAACUCCGAAUUCAUCUUAGGAUUCAUACAGGGGAGAAGCCAUUUGAGUGCGCAGUUUGCAACAAGAAGUUCAAUCAAGCUAGUCACCUUCGAACUCAUCAUAGAAUCCAUACAGGGGAGAGGCCUUUCGAGUGCGCACUUUGUAAUAAGAAGUUCAGUGAAACUGGCUCACUCCGAAUUCAUCUUAGAACCCAUACAGGGGAGAAGCCCUACGAGUGCACAGUUUGCAACAAGACGUUCAAUCGAGCUGAUCACCUUCGAUCUCAUGUUAAAACUCAUACUGGGGAGAAGCCAUUCGAGUGCACAGUCUGCGAAAGGAAGUUAUGUAGUGCAAGUAGUCUCCGAAGUCAUCUUAACACCCACACAGGAGAGAAGCCUUACGACUGCUCAGUUUGCAAAAAGAUGUUUAGGUCUACACAAAGUCUCCGAGCUCAUCUUAAAAUCCACACAGGGGAGAAGCCAUACGAGUGCUCAGUUUGCAAAAAGAUGUUUAGGUCUACUCAAAGUCUCCGAGCUCAUCUCAAAAUCCACACAGGGGAGAAGCCAUACGAGUGCUCAGUUUGCAACAAGAUGUUUCGUCAAGCAAGUGAUCUUCGAAAACAUCUUAGAACCCACACAGGAGAGAGGCCUUUCGAGUGUACAGUUUGCAGUAAGAAGUUUGGUCAAGUAGCCACUCUCAAAACUCAUCUUAAAACCCACACAUCGAAGGAAUAAGAAGCAGAAUGAAGCAGAUGUCCUUUCGAAACAACGCUGGACUCACAGUGGCUGUUUUAGCUAUCUACAGUGAAGACGAAGAAUUCAAGCUGAGAGAACUUCGAACGUGGUUGAAAAAUGGAAACUGACCUGUGCUUAUCCCCUUAUUUAAAGUGCAUUAGUUUGAAGUGCCAGUGGGGUAAAAUGCCACACACAUUAAUUGCACGUUUUAAAAUGUUCUACCCUACAAUUUAGGUGUUUGUAGUAUCUUGACUUCGCUUGUCACGGUUGACCAGAUGUUUGCAUAAUAUUGUGCUCGCUGUUUCCUUCACACCGUAAAUAAAAGUUUUAAAAGUGAUGCAAAUGCAGUCGAA